UCAAUCCAGUCCAUAAUCUUUCGUUAAUGGGAUCGAUUAAAUAUAUUUUUUAAACUCUUCCGAACACGGUUUAUUGGAAAUAUACCUAUUUUUCAUCGUCAUGUACAUGUGCUGACCUCGUGCGGCAACAUCGAUCCGUAAUGGGUCGGGUGGUAGUCUAACCUCAGUAUCAAGCCAAACGUGUUUCGAGACUUUUCCGUUGAGCUUAAAACAUUACGUUAAAUGAUUGGUUCAUGGAUUAUCCACCUUGUUUUUGUUUUGUAUGCCUUCACUCCUGCCCGGGACAUUUGUAUCAUGGUGUAAUUGCCAAAAGUGAAAAGUGACUAACGAUUCUCUUCAAAAUAACAUCAUCGAUUUUCAUUGGGUCAGUCGAUUCGUGAGUUCGCGCGGUUUAAUCGAGGAUAGACCAAGGAUAAGCAAGAGCUGUUCGAUGUAACGUUUAAACAACUUGGUGACAAACUUGUUUGAAAAAUUCGUAACAUGGACGUUCGACACAACAGUUAGUUUGAUCCAAAAGAUUAGGAAUUGUUAAAUGCAUGGGUCAAGAGGGUCUCGUGUGACACGUUCUUACCAACCCUUCCCCCAUUAAAAUGGAGACUAUGAAAGCCACCGCAUUGCACCCGUCUGAGAAAAAAUCCAUUACUUUCGAACUCACGUGUACUGGUAGCGAAAAAAAUGAAGGUAAGAACAAAGAAGAUCAGCUCUUAUCAGGAACGGGGAAGGAUCGCAAUGCGGAGGACCCAGUAUCCGAGGGCAGCUUACAUUUGAGAGUCUCAGAUGUGUGCGAGGCUGAGCAAGAUGGGGUCAGUGUUCUUGCCAAUCUCGAUAAAAAGGGAACAAAAACGACUGAUCUGGUGACGGAGGUCCCCGUUGAAUCAGCAGCCGGCAGAGAGUCUUCAAAGAGCAACGAAGUUGUGAAGAUCGAAGAGGUUAAGAAGAGUUUUGGUGAUAAGAGCAGCGUUGCCAACAGUGUGAAUUUGCCGCAAGAGGCGCAAAAGUCAGGUAACUUUUCUGUGGAUGAUAAAAAGAUGGGCGAUCGUCAAUUAUACGAUGCCAAUAAGAAAAGUACGAGCGCCGAUACUACGGAUUAUAGAGGAUCGUCGUGUAUUAAUAAUUCAUAUUUACCGACUAAACGCUCUGUGCGUGGAAAUCGUUGGUCGUAUCCGAACGACAUGCACAAUCUGUCCUUUUACAAUGGUCGGAUCGAAACUUUGCGCUAUCAGUAUCGUCUGAAGAAAAAAAGGCUUUUCAGCGAGAGUUCCCCUUACAACACCAGAUACUACAACGUGCUACCUCACGCUAGAAAUAGAGGUAUAGGCAGAAGGAAUCCAUAUUACAAUGGAAAGCACGGUCCUGUUGGGAAAAUAAAAAAUGUUGAGAAUCCUAUAAAUGCGCAGAGUCCUGUAACGGAAUCGCAGAAAAACUUAAAUAAAGACACGGCGUGUCCUGACAUGAGUAAGUCGCUACCGAUAAGUGUGAAAAGCGAAGAAGAAGAAAAUAAAUUUGUUAUUGACGAUGUAACGAACGACGACAGUGCGGGGACCGCGAAAUCGGUUGCUGCUGCUCAGAAUAAAAGUCCGGACGAAAAGAAUGAAUAUUUGUCGGACGUUGACAAGAAACCGAAGGAUUGUGAAAAUGACGGCGGAACGAGCGAAAGGAAAUCAGCUGUAGAUUCAAAUGUUGACGUCGCGCCACCGGUUAGUUCUGAAGAAUUGAAAACGAAGCCUGAGGAAGAUGCGAAGGAGGCUGUGAAAAUCAACGAGGUCGUAGAUAAUAACUGCGCUGUAAAUAAUGAGGAUGAUAAGGGAGAUAUAAAUGUAAAUAGUACAACCGUAAACAGUAAGGACGUUUUUAAUUCGCAAAAUCGUAAAACUGAUAAUUUGAUACCGAAUGAUACUGCUGUAGAAAGUAAUUGUGAUCGUGAACUUACUCAAAUUGUAAAUGUUGAUGAUGGUCAAAUCGUCGCUAAUGAAGUUAACGCCACUAGCGACAUCUGUACAAAAGUAAAUGACACGUCCGCAAAGACAACCGACGCGCAAAAUAUUGAAAACGCUAGUAAUGCAAGUCAGGAGAAAACUGAUGAAACCACAAAAAAUGUACAGACGGCUGACCUUGCGGUAUCAAGUUUACAAGUGGAUCGUGAAGGAAACGAGAAGCAGGGAAGUUCCGCAGAGACUAAUAAAGACUUAAGUAAAAGUAGUCAAGAAAUCUUACAUGCAGAAGAUGCGAAUGCCAAGACAAGUGAAUCAUGUGAUAAGGAGGAUAAAAAAAUUGAAGCGAGUGAUUCUAAGGAAGUUGCCAAUGAGAAAGUAGUACCUGCAAUAACAAAUGGUGUUGAAGAUAUUGAAAAAAAGGAAGAUGUUGAAAAAUCAGAGGUGCCCAGUUUAUCCGAUGCGAGUAUAGGAGGCGCCAAAGAAAAGUUAGAUGUGUCAACUAGCGAUGUAGAACUAAUAACUGUAAAACCGGAAAACGCCAUUGCGAUGGGGAACGAUGAAAAUAAUGCGAAUGACGUUUUGUCAAAGAAAAUUGAAUCGAGUGACAGUAAUAUCUUUGAGAAAAAAGACAACGUCGUUGCUUUAGAAAAUGACGUGUUGAGCGAUACUGAUAAAAAUGAUUUAGAGACAGGAAGCACAAAGAGUACGGAUUCGCUGAUCGAAAUCCAGACGGAUGGAUCAUCGGUACAGACUAGCGUGAAAAAUGUGACUAACAAAAAGCGUCGAAAGCGGAAGCGUCCUAAGCGUAAGGCGAGUCGACGGAAAUUGACCGUACCGGGAGACAAGUCCGUUACAAAAACGGCCACAACGAACAGUGUAAAGAAAUAUGACAAACAAGUGAAUACAAGGGGAGAUAAGAAAUCUAUAGACACAGAAAACAUAACAGUUGAUCUUACAGGUGAGGAGCUUUUCGAAACGGUUACAAAAAAUAGUAAGAACACUGCUACUGAGAAAAGUAAAAAAGUACCAACUCCUGUUGGCCGUAACAGCAGAAAGCGAACGUUGCAAAUGCUGGUUGCAGUACAAGAGAAUGAGGUUCAAGAGAAAAAAAAAGAACAAGAAAACAGUCGGCACAGGAGAAGAAUCGCGAGAAACGCAGAGGCGAUAAUUAGGAAAGAAUCACUGAGUAGCAAAAGCGAUUUUGAGUUAAUCAGCGAGAUGGAUAAAAAUGUUGCCGACAAGAAAAAAACAACUAACGAUACUAAAACGUCGGUAGCAGCAGGUGAAUCAAGUUUGAAGCGACUUCUUCAGGAUAACAAUGAAAUAGGGGUUGAGAUUAAUGUGAAGAAGCCGCGUAUGAGUAACGAGAUAAGAAAGUCAACGGAUAAGGAUCAGCCGGUGCAGAACAUCGAAGAUCCUAUUAAAUCUCUUAAUUAUGUGCGCAAGUUCUAUCAGAGGGAUGUCAAGGAAGGAUUAGCAAAAUUGACACAGACAGACUUGGAAGAACUUCUCAUUCAGAAAAUUGUCGAGACCAUAGCAAUGCGUGGUGAGAUUGGUAAGCUUCGUGAACAGGCCAAAAUAUCUGAAAGAAAUCAGGAAACAACGCGCGUAAGGUGCGUGCACUUGGCACGACAGAUAAAGGAUUUAGAAUUAGUAUUGAAUCAUUCAAUCUCAGAGCGACGUUCAAACAAUGAAAAAAUAGUGGCACCAAUCAAAAUCAACAGGUCGGUUGGAUUGCAAGUGAACUUCACGACGGAUGGAACGAUUCAUAAUUUGCGACAAUUACAACAGACUAUGGCUUUAAAAUCAGCGUUUUCACCAAAUGGAACAAUUACACCGGUUCCUGAACCUACCGAAACUCCUGUGACGAUAAACUCAGUCCCAAGACGUGGACUGAAGGUUAGAUCACCACGAAGGAUCGACGUUUCGUCGUCUAUGCCGGUGACACCUGUACAAAGUCAAACGCAAACGACACAAGCUGCUGUUAGCUCUGUUGCGACGCCUACUGCUCUGAUUGUAGGAAAGUCUUCUGAUUCUGUACAUUGUAUAAACAAUUUCAGUGAAGUCGCUACGACAGCUUCAUCAUUGCCUAAAGUUAAUAACUCAUCACACACUGCCACGCCACGAAGCGUUGUUUUAAAUGGAAAACUUCCUAGCCCGAUGAAUCGCCAAGUUGCGACAGGGAACUUCAAAAAGACUGCUAUCAACAACGAUCUCAUUGAUUUAACAGAUGAGGAGGAAAAAAGUAAAUCUGUUCGUGUUACGCAAAAUACUGUGAAGACCGCUGUCAUUGAACCAGAGGUUACUAUCGCAUCAAAGUCUCAAACCCGGUAUCAAAAGGUUUUACCGGCGCAUCAGGUCUUACCUGCAAACGUUGCGGUUACUACACAGCAAAAUAAUAUUAGGUUAAUGACACCACCAACCAACAGUCCAACCCCAACUGCCCUAAUGAAUAAUAUGCAAAACACUGCACCUAGGGUUACAUAUUUUAUGCACGGUACAGGACAGACAAGGCAAAUUGUUUUAGCACCAAACCCAGCUCAGGUAAGACAAUCCUCUCCAAAUACCAAGGGGCCAGUAUCCUCGGUCACAUAUAAAACAGGUGUAACUCAUUUAGAAAAUGGUAUGAGGUUGCUAACAACACCGUCCAUCCCAAACAUUCAUCUUCUUAAGCAUCCAGCGCCGUUACCCGAUGUUCGCAAUAAUCCAAGUAAUCCAUCGUGGAAGUUACCGCCUCCAGCUCCAUCGUUAAAGAUAACUAAAGUACUAAACGGUAUAGUGCUGUCCUGGAAUAUGAAUCUCAAUGAUCAGUAUGCUAAGAUUGUAAGUUAUCAAUUGUACGCCUAUCAAGAAUUCCCGAACGUGGUUCCCAGUUCAAAUCUUUGGAAAAAAGUUGGUGACGUUCGUGCGUUGCAAUUGCCAAUGGCAUGCACUUUGACACAGUUUUCCGAGGGCAACAAUUAUCAUUUUGCUGUGAGGGCAGUCGAUGCGCAUUCCAGACUAGGACAGUACAGUCUGCCAGGAAAUAUUUCCUUGUAAGCAUCAGUUUAUAAAGUACGAUAGAUGUAAAAUAUUUACAUGAAAAGUUUCCCUUGUCCAAUGAGCUAAUGCUAAUUUUGAAUCGCUCUUAAUAAAUAUCCACACCGUAUUACGAUUAUAAAAAAGUGUAGGUUCUCUGUUUUUUUAUUAUUAUUAUCCUAAUCAUACGUAUUCUUUCUAGAGUUAAGUAGAAGCUGAUUUUGUUUUGUUUUAUUGAAAGAUAUGAAAAUAAAUAUUUUGCGGAGUACUGAGUAUUAAGUUUAAAUGCACAAUAGAACACAACUUUUUCCUCUUUUGGUCUACAUAUUUAAAAGCUCUCGAUCUGAGAAGAACAGGACUGCAAUAACUGAUUUAAUGUAAAGGAGCGGCUAUGGGGGAGCGGGAAGUACACUAGAAAAAUGGAAAAAUCUCACACCGUAACAUUCUAAUUUUCUGUAACAAUUUCUAACGAAGAUUACUGUGUUACUAUGGAUUAAAAGAAUAAAACUCUAGUCGACUAUUCAAUAUUUUUUCUUAUAUAGUAAAUUAUAAAUUGCUCAAUAUAUCCAUUAUUUUAAUAAUAGGUCAUUAGUAGGUACUCAUAAAAAAUAUCAUUUUCGUUUAUUACGAAUAACUCAACCCCUGUAUCUUUAAUAAUAAAAUUAAUUCAUAAUACAACAAUUGUGAGUGUAAUCGCGAGCUCUUACACCUCAAAAAAAAAAGUAAAGAGCCCGCAAAAAUUGUUACAAAAAAUGUAUCAAUGUAUUUGACAUGCUUUUUUUUCAACAAUUUUCCAAUAAACCUAAUUUCGUCAAA